AUGACCUCUCAUUCGUCCACCCCUCAAUCUUCAGGUGCCACACUCAGGAUUCCACCAUCCACCCCAGCUCGUCAGCUCCGGACCCGUUCUCCACAGCAACCUUCUCCAGGUUUUGUGUUCACCGGUUCAGAUUCACGUCGUAGGCUCACAAACAACAGCGAGAACCCCUCAUCUCGCCCUACAAACACCCCAGCUCGUCAUUCAAGCGCAACUAGCCCCACGACCGAAUCCCCCAAGGUUGCUGCAGUGUCCAAGAAACGAGUUCGAGAGGAUGCUGGGACUGCUACCAGUAGUAACAGUCAGACGGUCAGUAAGAAGAAAAAAACUGCCCCCAAGAAACAAGGGAAAGACCAGGAAGAUGUUCCUGUUGUAAUCGAUGUUGACCAAGAUUCAUCAGGAGAUGAAAACGAAGAUAGCCGGCCUGGUCGUAAGGGCGACGUUGUUGAGCUUCUUCGGUACUUCGGAAAUCCCAAGCACAAGGACGGCGAGGUUUGCCAUUUCCGUUUGUGUUUUUGA